GGAGCGAGGGGUUAUCCAGACCAGCCACCCGAGGUGGCCCCAGUACUACUGGUGAGCGGUGGUGCGGAGGUGGGCGGGGGCGGGCGGGGUCAGUGCUGGCGGCCCAGCACCCCAGGGGCCAAGGUCCAUGCCCCACCAGCACCCAUGAGCAUGCCAUUGGCUGGAGGUCAUCCACAGCAAGUUUGGAGCGAUUUGGUCGAGCAGAUUUCGCUGGGCGGGAUGGGGCAAUGCGGAAGUUGGCACGAUAGCAAAGCAUCAACAGGCCGUGAACCUCGAAAUCGUGCGGGCCACGGCGUUGGUGGCGCAGCACAGCACGGACGGCCGAGCAUUAACCCCAAAACUGAAAAAAUGGGCAUUUUUGAAGGGGGGGAUGCACGCAUGCUGCCGUUCUGCUGGGGGUUGGGGCUGGGGCUGGGGCUGGCCGCAGCAACGCAGCACAAGACCUAUUGCAUCGCGGCA